CUGGAACGGGCUGAUUGCUUGGUCUCCGGAAUUGCUUCCUGAAAACUGUUCAUCCAAACAACUUCACACUAGACACUUUACCUCCUUAGAUCCUGGCCAAAACAAGUCAGGCGACAGACAUACAUAGAAGUUAGAACCAUACAGGCGAAUAACAUACAUACCUACAUACAUACAGACAUACAUACAUACAUACAGACGAACAUACAUAUAUACACACACACACAUACUAGAUACAUACAUACAUAUUAUAUACAUACAUAUAUUCAUACAGAGACUCCAUCCAUUUUUGUACAAUUUAGAUGAUGCUAUUUCAUAAAGCAUUUCAUACCAGAUAACAUUGGCCUCUCAAAGAAACAAUUAGCUGUACAAAAUUGGAUAAUUUGUUGACAGUAAGCCGACUCAAUACACUGUCUGAUGGUAUUAUACUAAACUCUUACGUGAACACAAUUCCGUUAUUUAUAUGCAAACAUACAUAAAUACAUGCAUUCAUACAUACGUACUUUACUUGCAAACAUUCAUCCAUUCAUACAUACAUACAUCCAUGCAUCCAUUCAUAUAUACAUGGAUAGAUACAUGCAUACAAACAUAAAGAGAGAUUAAUUCGAUUUACUGUUUAAUUAUGUUAGCAUAGUGAUUGUUCAAACUAAAUUUUGACAAGAUGCCACUGGAUGACGCUGUUUGAAAGCACUUGACUUGAAGAAAUGACCACUCCAAAGACUAUUGUUCGAAGCUGCGUAAGCCACUCCCAUCCGACAGAGGGAACUCCACUGCGAAUAGCACGCGCAGCGCUCCGUUUAUAAAGCUGCUUAAUGCGCUGUCCACUUCAGCACCACAAGCAGAACAGAAGCGACCCAGCUAACACCGAGGAGAAAGAGAUAGAAGGCACCACACAACAUCCCCAUCGCUCGAAGCUGAACAUCUCCACGCACAACGCUAGAAACGUCCACACAACCAAAGAGAGCCCAGAAAGGACUGGUCCAUGUACUGAAAUCAUCAAAGGGCGCGAAGAAGGAACCGAAGCCCGUUUACACUUCAUCUCCUCCUCGCUCUGUCUUCAGGGAGAGUACAGCCGCCAUGUAUGACGAGGCGAGGGUGCCCUCACCCAAGGACGCUCAAAAUGGAGUCCCCCAGUGCGCCGCUCAAGGGGCGGGGCCGGAGGCGGGGCUUGUCACCGGGGACGGGAGUCCGUCUCUGACGCCAGCCUCUCGACCAAAAGCUGAGGAGGGCCCUUUGGGUGAGGGGACGGCGGAGGAGGAAGAGGAGGAGGUAGUGGGAGAGGAGGAAGGUGAUCAACCCAAGGCGGAGCCGGUGCUGGUGAAGAAGCCCCACAGGAUGAUCCUGGACCACGACCGCAAGAGGAGGGUGGAGCUGAAGUGCAUGGAGCUCCAGGAGAUGAUGGAGGAGCAAGGGUACACAGAGGAGGAGAUCCAGCAGAAGGUGAACACCUUUAGACAGAUGCUGAUGGACAAAGAAGGGGUGAUCACCAGAGAGGGAUCGCACCCACAACCCAUGAUCAACCACCUGCAGUACCCCCACGAUGAGGAAGAUGAAGGUGACCCAGAGCUGGCUGCCUACGGGGAAGGAGACUAUGACCACUACUACCAGAGCGAUCAUAGGGUGAAGAGGAAAUCCAGCAGUUCUCCGUCCCCGCGGCCCAAGAAGAGGAAGAAGAAGAAAUCCGGCCGGCGGAAGAACCAAGUCGAUGGCUCCUCUCCAGCUCGCAGAGAAAAGAAGAAAAAGAGCGGGAAGAAACACAAGCGUGAUAGGUCCACAUCAGGUUCCAGGAGGAAGAGGAGACAUAGAUCCGGCAGCCCAAAGAACAAGCACAAAGACAGGACCAAACAGAGGAAAGGGUCUCCUGGUGCCUCUCCCAGCAGGAGGUCCCAGCAGAGAGGGAGCUGUUGCAGCUCCCGCAGCGCCUCCGCCUCCACCACCAGGAGCCUGUCCAGGUCCCCCGCCAGGCUGAGCGGCAAAUCCAAGAUGGAUGCCCACAAGGCCGCCGGCAGCUCGCUGUCGCCGGGACCGAACGCCGCCAACGCCGUCACCGCCACGGUCGCAGCCGCGUGGCACAACGGCCACCACAGCCAGCGGGGCCACAACGGCAAGCCAGGCAGCCGGCUGGACCACGCCGACAGCCUCAAAGUACACCAUGUAUGUGAGCUCUCGAAGCUCCACAUGCUGGCUCCGGCCACGCCUAACGCUCACCAGACCUCUCUCCUGAGGGGAUCCAGGCUCCACAACGCCCCCAACAGGAGCCAGGCGGCGCUGCAGCCCGGCCAGCUGGGCAAGGCCGGGCCCGGCGGGGAGGGCAGGCACGCGGUCGCGGGCGGCUCCCUGUCCAGGAGGGGGAGCCAGAGGGCCAGAGACGGCAGCAGUGACUCCGCCCACUCCCAGCAUAACCACGCCCACCGAGGAAGGCGCUCCUCGCACCGGCAGAAGAAGUCCAAAGGCGUCCACUCGUCCAAGCGGCGCCACCACCGCUCGGGGCGGGGCCAGGCCCACCGGCGGAGCCAGUCGGCGUCGCCGGGCCGCCACUCGGCCAGGAAGAGGGCGGGGUCCCGGGGCGGGCAGCAGCCCCGGCAGCGCAGCAGCUCCUGGAGCAGCGGCCGCUCGUCGUCGGGGUCCCCCUCCAGGGACCGGGGGGCCAGCAAGGCCAAGUCUCCCCACAGCCGACAGAACAACUCCAGGGAUCGGGACAGUGCCAACCACUCGGAGGGGGAAGGCCGCGGCGCCCGGCGGCGUUCCCGGAGCUACUCGCCCAUCAGGAAGAGGAGGAGAGACUCCCCCAGCUUCAUGGAGGCCCGCAGGAUAACCAGCGCCCGCAAGAGGCCCAUCCCGUACUACCGGCCCAGCCCCUCGUCCUCUUCCUCGUCCUCCUCUUCGUCGUCGUCCAGCGCGGCCAGCACGCCGUCUCGCAGCCGGAGUCGCAGCCGGAGUCGCAGCCGGAGCCGCAGCUACGGCAGCUACAGCAGCCGCAGCCGCAGUCGGAGCCGGAGGCGUUCCCAUAGCAACCGCAGCUACGACAGCCGCAGUAGCUACGACAGCCCGGGCUUCUGAGAGGGCGACGCCCAGGAAGUGAGAAUGAUGAUGACGAUGAUGGGGAGAAGAAAGAAAAUCAUGUUUUUAACCCCGGGUUCGGGUCGGAUCGUCAUGUGUUGGUAGUUUGAAAGGGUUUGGAGUCCCAUACUGGCCAGUCGGUGGUUGGGGGGUGUAAGCUACUUCUUGGACUCUGAUCUGCUAAACCACAGCUUCCUCCACCGACUGCAGAGCUCACAGUUCAGCGGCCCAGCCUUCGAAACAAACCCAUCACUCCAAAAUAUCCCCGGUAAUGUUACCCACACCUGCAGUGGACCCUCAUCCACAUCAUUUAUUUUUUGGGUUGAUUUGGUUGAAAUCAUCGCUCGAGCCUAAAGAACAAAUCUCAAAGUGUGUUUGCACUUUCUCUGUAUUCUUCCACAAGCCGAAAAUCAACCAAAAAAAGGUAUUUAUUAAAAAACACAUACACACACAAACAGAAGUCAAGAAAGAGACGACAAGAUGAGCUACAAAUGGCCAGUAACAUAAACCGACAUCGAUACGAACUUCCGAUCUUUUCUAAUCAAAGCACAGAGAUCAAAAAACAAGGGAAACAAACAGCGAAGAAGAGACGACAGAAGUUAAAAGAAAGAACAGUUGUAUCAUAUUAGUCCAUAUGUAUAUAUCCUUAAAUCCUAUAAGCUCUGGCUUGGUAACCUAUGCACUGUAUACUCUAUGUAAUUUGAGGAGGCCUACGAGACUGCCACAUAGCAUGAUGCAUCAGCAGAGAGACUGAGAGGCUGCUCGUAGGAGAAUGCCUGGACACACGCCCACCCUAACCCACCGUCCUCCAUUCCAUCAUCCCUGUCCCGCGACUACAGUUCCCAGGGUGCACCUGGUCACCUUCGAAUGACCUGUACAGUAUGUCAACGACUUGCACACAUAGGGAAGUGAAGGAAAGCGUAUUACCGUCAUUUGAACACCCUUCCCUGUUCACUUUUCCGCUGAUUUUGACUUUAUUUAUGACUGUGUGGGUGUGUGGGUGUUAUUUAUGACGUUUGACGAAUGUGUGUGUGUGUGUGUGUGUGUGUGUGUGUGUGUGUGUGUGUUUGAUGAGUGCCUCCUCUGCAUUGACCUGGGAUGUUAACAUGUAAGAGUACUCUGAGUAUGUCGCCUACUAUAAAGGCAGCUUUAUGAUACUGUACAGUUAAAAAGAAAAGUAAAACUGUCUGCAAAAAGUAUCCAUGCACUCAUGUGGGUCUAUUUUAACCACUGAUUUAUUUAUGAACUAUUUAUUCCUUAUGUAUUAUUUAUUGGUUAAUUUAUUUAUUUGACUAUUUAUUAAUUUGUCCAGCCAUUGCGCCAUUCAGACCAUACACCCUGGGCAGAUGCUGCAGACCAUUUUGAUCAUUUCAAAGUGUACACGUGUUUAUCUCACCCUGAUGCUGUUUUUAAAUUAUGAGCAACAUUUAUGCUACUUAUAGCAAGAGAUUAGUGAACAGGGUUGUUGCUUGUGUCUAUGGGGGCUACGGUGUAGGUUGAUGAGGAUGCUGUGGCCCAUCCAGCAGAAGUGUGCCAUUGUCUUUGUUUGAAAGUGGAAAAUGUUUGUUCUCUUGCAAACUGUCCUGUCCUGACUCUUCCUGUAUCACAAAGUAAAGGGUCAGAUAUUUAAAUCUGAUCUCCUGUUUCUUAAAAAAAAGAAUGAAACAGAACAGAAAUUACUAUGUGAUGAAUUUAGAAGACCUAUAUUUUUCCCCUCCUCUGUUCUAUGCCUCUUUAGGCUCCAUGCAUCUGUCUUAGGACCCUUGGUUGUUAGCCGGCACUAGCAUAGCGACCCUGCCCUAUAGCCAAGCAGUCCUGCACGAUAGCAUAGGAUUCAAGCUCUAGCCUUGCAGUCCUGGGCUAGCCUAGCACAACUGAACUAGCCUAGUAUUCCUGGGCUAGCCUAGCACUCCUGAACUAGCCUAGCACUCCUAAGCUAGCCAAGCAGUCCUGAGCUAUCCUAGAUGUCCUUCAGCUAGCACGGAGAUCCAGCAGUUAGCCUAGCUGGUCUCAUUCUCCUGCUUCAGAUCUAGUGUUCGGUGAUGCUCCACUGGAUAGGUCGCCGAUGACAAUGUCAAGGAACCCCCCAUGUCUUCCUCUCAAGUCUUCAUCACGCCAUUGUUUCUGUCACCCCCAGUGUCCCAUCGGCCACGUAGCCAGUUAGCCCAGCUAUGAUAUCCAGCAAACCUGUUCAAAUAUAUUGAUAAGCCUUUUGAUUCUACAAGUCAUCAUUUGUAGUGUACAAGUUAUUAUAACUGACAAUAAACUCAAACAGACUGUA